GUAUCUAGUCUUCAAUUAACUGUAACUCAGACAACAAUGACGAGAUUUCCAAUACUUUUGCUCGUGACACUGUGCUUCUCUUUCGGAGCCUUUGCAAGAAAAGGUUUCGGUCCUGGCGAGCAAGAAUGGGGAUACGUGAAAGUACAGCCAUAUUCAAAUAUGUUCUGGUGGCUUUAUUAUACUACUGCAAAUGUGUCUUCUUACUAUGAGAAACCAUUGAUCAUUUGGCUACAAGGUGGACCCGGAGCGUCCUCUACUUCGUAUGGAAACUUCGAAGAACUUGGACCUUUGGACGCUUAUUUAAACCCCAGGAACUCUACUUGGGUGAAAGACUACAACGUUCUCUUCAUCGACAAUCCGGUCGGUACGGGCUUCAGUUAUACCACUUCUCUAGCAGGAUAUGCGUCAACGAAUGCGGAGAUUGCACACGAUCUCUUGGAAUGUAUGAAAGGUUUUCUGAAGGAGCUACCGGAAUUCGUAGAUGUACCCACGUAUAUUACAACUGAGUCUUAUGGAGGAAAAAUGGGCGCGGAAUUUGCCCUUGAAUGGUUUAAGGCACAAGAAAAUGGAAAAAUCAAAAGUAAUUUGAGAGGUGUUGCCCUCGGUGAUGCUUGGAUCUCCCCGAUUGAUUCCGUAAUGACUUGGGCGCCCUUCUUACUCGCCACGGGUAUGGUGGAUAAUGAUGGCUACGAAAAAAUUAACAAAGCAGCUCAGUUAACAAAAGAAGCCGUCGAUAAUAAGAACUGGAGAACAGCCACCAGGUUAUGGAGCUAUACUGAAGCAGUAAUUCUGAAAGUGACUAAUAAUAUCGAUUUUUACAACAUUCUUACGAAAGAAAAACUUGAUCACAAUCAGUACUCUGUAAUCGGAAAACUUUCAAUGGACCCAACAUUUGCUCAAGAGUACGCCGUGUAUAGUGAUGUUUCUUUGGACAAACUAAUGAAUGGUCCAGUGAAGGAAGCUCUAAAACUACCAGUCACUCAUAACGCUCAAUCUAGUCUUGUGUUCAGCAUGCUGAACGGUGACUUCAUGAAACCUGUUAUUAAUAUAGUGGAGGAUUUGUUAAAUGGAACUAAUUUGAAGGUAGCAGUGAUCAGUGGCCAUAUGGACCUCAUCGUUGACACUCCAGGCACUCUCCGCUGGGUUGAAAACAUGAAGUGGAAGGACGCCACUUCCUGGAACCGCUCCAACAGGACACCAUUGGUAGUGGAGAACAUUAUUGAAGGCUAUGUAAAGUCUUAUGGCAAUUUCUCCAUGUAUUGGGUCAACAGAGCUGGACAUAUGGUACCGAAGGACAAUCCAGCAGCAAUGGCGUCGAUUCUAAAAGAGUUCACAAAAUAAUACGCAAAUGAACGGUUCAAAUCAUUUAACGAAA